CGUGCGUUUAGGCCUAUCGCAUGGCUGGCCGGCCCCGGGUGCCUAGUGACGUCACGCAGUUCCCGUCUGCUUUUAUUUUGCUUCGGUCUCCGGAGCCGCCAUUACAGGAAACGACCGGAGGGAGCCGAGCUGGAGAACAUCACAGAAACGGACGAGAGCGGGAGGGACCGGACGAGCGGCACCGAGGGGUCCGGUCCCGGGGGAGAUGAGCGGGGCUCGGAGGGAGGCUGCUGGAUAAAGUCAGCUUCCUGACAGAUACAAGCCACCUUGUUUGGGAGAGUCACGAUGACGGAGCAUGGCAUAAAAUGGGCUUGUGAAUAUUGUACGUAUGAAAACUGGCCUUCCGCUAUCAAGUGUACCAUGUGUCGAGCUCCGAGACCCAGCGGCGCCAUUAUUACAGAGGAGCCUUUCAAAAACAGCACCCCUGACGUCGGUUCCAUGGAAAGGGAAAGCGGGAGCCCUUUAAUAUGUCCUGAUUCGAGUGCAAGGCCACGUGUGAAAUCUUCCUAUUCUAUGGAAACUAGCACCAAGUGGUCCUGCCACAUGUGCACCUAUCUGAACUGGCCUAGAGCCAUCCGAUGCACGCAGUGUUUGUCCCAGCGUAGGACACGUAGCCCUACGGAAUCCCCCCAAUCGUCCGGCUCUAGCUUGCGAGCCAUCCCCAGUCCCAUUGAUCCUUGUGAGGAAUACAAUGAUCGAAAUAAACUGAACAUUAAAGGUCAGCACUGGACUUGUUCUGCUUGCACUUACGAGAACUGUGCCAAAGCAAAGAAAUGCGUUGUGUGCGACCACCCCACCCCCAACAAUAUGGAUGCCAUAGAGCUGGCCAAUACCGACGAAGCUUCCUCCAUUAUUAACGAGCAAGACCGUGCUCGAUGGAGGGGGGGUUGUAGUAGCAGUAACAGCCAAAGACGGUCUCCACCCACAUCCAAGCGGGACUCCGACAUGGACUUCCAAAGGAUUGAACUGGCCGGGGCUGUGGGCAGCAAAGAGGAGUUUGAACUAGACCUCAAAAAGUUAAAGCAAAUAAAGAACAGAAUGAGAAAGACAGACUGGCUGUUUCUGAAUGCGUGUGUGGGGGUAGUAGAGGGGGAUCUGUCGGCUGUGGAGGCAUACAAGACAUCAGGAGGUGACAUUGCGCGGCAGCUCUCAGCUGAUGAAGUUCGUCUCUUGAACCGUCCGUCGGCCUUCGAUGUGGGUUAUACUCUGGUGCAUCUGUCUAUUCGCUUCCAGAGGCAGGACAUGCUGGCAAUACUCCUUACUGAGGUUUCUCAGCAUGCAGCCAAGUGCAUCCCAGCCAUGGUGUGUCCAGAGCUGACUGAGCAAAUCAGGAGGGAAAUCGCUGCUUCCGUCCACCAACGAAAGGGGGACUUUGCCUGUUACUUCUUGACAGACCUGGUAACAUUCACAUUGCCUGCAGAGUUGGAGGAGGAAUCCCCCAUAAUUAACUGGUCGCUAGAGUUGGGCACUCGCCUAGACAGCAGACUUUAUGCACUUUGGAAUCGUACUGCGGGCGACUGCCUGUUGGACUCAGUACUACAAGCUACAUGGGGCAUUUAUGAUAAAGACUCGGUGCUAAGGAAGGCUUUGCACGACAGCCUCCAUGAUUGCUCUCACUGGUUUUACAGUCGCUGGAAGGAAUGGGAGUCGUGGUAUUCCCAGAGCUUUGGGUUACACUUCUCUCUGAGAGAGGAACAGUGGCAGGAAGACUGGGCUUUCAUUCUGUCUCUGGCCAGCCAGCCGGGAGCAAGCUUGGAACAGACGCACAUCUUUGUCCUUGCCCACAUUCUCAGAAGACCAAUCAUAGUAUAUGGAGUGAAAUAUUACAAAAGCUUCCGAGGGGAGACAUUGGGAUACACUCGCUUUCAAGGUGUGUACUUACCACUCUUGUGGGAACAGAGUUUUUGCUGGAAAAGCCCCAUCGCCUUGGGCUAUACCAGGGGUCACUUCUCUGCUUUGGUGGCCAUGGAGAAUGACGGCUUUGACAAUCGGGGUGCUGGGGCAAACUUAAACACAGACGAUGAUGUUACGGUUACCUUCCUGCCCCUGGUAGACAGCGAGCGGAAGCUGCUGCACAUUCAUUUCCUAUCGGCCCAAGAGCUUGGCAAUGAGGACCAGCAGGAGAAGCUCCUACGUGAAUGGAUGGACUGUUGUGUUACAGAGGGCGGGGUUUUGGUAGCCAUGCAAAAGAGCUCCCGGCGCCGCAACCACCCUCUGGUCACCCAGAUGGUGGAAAAGUGGCUGGAUGGUUAUCGCCAGAUCCGCCCCUGUACAGCACUGUCAGACGGAGAGGAAGACGAGGACGACGAGGAUGAGUGAGAGAAGACUUGGAGUUCUUGGCAUCCAGACACAAUGUGCUCUGUCACAACCUGGACCUGGGUUCAAGGGACCCUUCCUGAACUGCCUGGGACCUGCUGCUGCUGGUGGUGGAUGAGGCUUUGGCCCACCCUGUCCCAGAGGAAGAAGGACCUGUAGCUCCAAACAAAACAUCCUUUUAUCAUUAAGACUGAACACUUGGUUUUCUUUUUUUUUUUUUUUUAUUUUAUUUUGUUUUCAUCCUUCUCCCCUCUCCUACUAUGGGUUGUAAAUCUUGGUGUAUAAUGCAUGUGUUCUGCAACAGGGAUGAGAAACAUAUAUGGCAACACCCUAUGUUGAGGCCACUAAAGCUCUGGGCUGGUCACUUCCUGCUUUGUGCCUAGUUCCUGAAGUUUCAUUUUAUUGCAAAGCUCUGUGUAGUUUCCCCUUCCCUGAGCCUUUUGUGCAAUCAAACCUUGGCACCCUCGGGGGGGCUGCGCCUAUGGCACCCUUACAGGGCUGCUUCCUGGCUGUCAAGGAGUAAUUGGCUUUCUAAAAUUCUCACUUCCAGUUCACAAUUUCAUUUUAUUUCCAUUGAUAUCACAUAUUUCUAUAAAGAGUUGAGAGAAACGAUUGACAAGAUACUAAGGCGCUUUUGCUGUACCCUCCGUGCCCAGUUUGGGCUUUAUUUCCCAUUUUUUCACUUUUGUUUACACCAGGGACCCACAGCCUGCUACAGGUGGUAGUUCAACAACACCAUGUGCAGUGGGACAGGCUGCUGGUCUCUGCAUGACAGACAACUUUAUAUAUUUAUUUGUUCAGAAACACUUGUUUCCCCCCUCAACCCCCCCCCCCCCCCCCCCCACUCCUCCUCCUCCGCAGGAAUUAGGUUCUAAAGCGAUUGUGUGCAGUUUUGCCGGCUUGAACUUGAUUGCAAAAAUGACACAAAUACAUAGUCUUGCUGUGAAACCACCUCCUGCUGCAGUGAUCCUUGUGUCACUACGCCUGUAUUGCUCCGGGGAGACCGUUACCAUAACAACCAAACAGUAACACAUCCAAACCCCGCCUCCAGUUCUAAGGAUAUCCUAUAGAAAUAACUGCACUUUAAUAAAUCCAAAAUGGUGUAAUAGA